AAUGUAAUAGAAGUAGAACGUCAUCUAUCUAUCUAUCUUGUACAGAGAUGCAUCUAUGGCCAUCGGAGAGAUUAAGGGAUUCGUUCAAGCUGGGCUACUUGAACAAUCUUGAAUGGAACUUGCGGAGGAUGAAAACUGCCAAAAACAAUAAGAAUCAAUCUGCAGAGAGCAGUAACGAGGACAAAUUAUUGGGGGAUGAUACAACAGAUGCUCAGAAUUGUAAUAAAAAGAAUCGUUUUAUCGGUUGUGUCGUUGCUGUUGCUAGAGAUCUUCUCAUGAUUUUCUCAUGUUGCUUCUGCUGUGGAGCUUGUGUUGAUUAGGGAUAUGGUGAUUAGCAGCUGCUGCUCAUGGUCACAGCUUUGAAAGAAAAAAAAAACAGAUUUCAUAGAUGAAAUAGCAGUGUAUGUAAUUGGGUUGAUCAUUGAUGGUUAGACGCGAAUGCUGAUGAUUAUCCACUUCUAAUGAAUGUAUAAAUGACUAGAUCAAUAUCAAUUUCUUGAUAAAUAUUUGCAGUUGGUAAA